CAUUGGCGCUAUUUCUAUUUUGGCAGCAUCAGUGAUGCUGGUCACAGUGUUCAACGCUCCCCUGAUAUGGUGCAACAUUGCCAUUGGACUUUCCGGAACAAUCUACACAGCACUGGGAGGCCUUCGUGGAGUGGUGUGGACGGAUUGCAUGCAGUUUAUUAUUAUCUUGGUCGCCCCUACCGCACUGUUUGCAAAGAUCAUGGUGGACUCGCUGUCCGCGAACUCAACGGUCCAGCCACUGAAUGAUAUGGACAUCGGAAUGUACAUAGGAGAUUUCAGGUUCGACUUGACCAGCAGUGAAAACGUAUGGUCCUGUAUAGUGGGAUCCUCAGCAGUGGGAAUAUAUCGACUAUGUCUUGACCAAAUGGUUGUACAGCGGAUAAUGGCAUCUCCAUCAGUGAAGCGAGCUCGAAGAACCGUGGCGUCUGGUGCUGUCUUACUUCUUCUACCAUACGCUUCGUGCACUUUAUUGGGUGUUGCGAUGACAAUAUGGUACAGAGGAUGUGAUCCAAUGCUGUCAGGUGCCAUAAAGAGGAUGGACGAGAUCAUGCCACACUACAUUACUACUGAACUUGUAAAUAUACCCGGAUUCGCAGGAUUGUACUUGGCUGGUGUUGUAAGCGCUGGAACAAGCACAAUAUCAUCUGCGAUAAAUUCUCAAGCAGCAAUCGUCUACAUUGAUGUCAUCGCUCAAGGAUACAAAAAAGCAGACGAGCACGUUGCGAUGAUUACACGUUGCACAGCUCUUUUUCUAGGCUUGGUAAUGACCGCGUACAGCACACUGGUUAUACACAUGGGAUCCUUAACAAGGAUACUUUUAAUGGUGAACACAGCAAUCACGGCGCCUUUUGUCGGAUUGUGCAUCUUGGCUGUGCUAUUUCCUUUUGUCCAUUGCAAGGGCGCUGGUGUGGGGACACUCUUCAUGGUUGCCUAUCAACUAUGGCACAUGGCUGAAACUAUCAAAAGCGGAACGAGAGCUCCAAGGCUUCCAGUAUCUCUUAGCUACUGCCCUGGAAACCAAACUGGCACAUUUUCAUCACCUAACGUUACCUCAGCCACGCCAGUCCUUGAAGCAGAAGAAACGUUCUUCAUAUUCCGCCUGUCAUACUUCUGGAGCAGCUUCUUCGCUCUCAUCGGAACUAUCGUGAUUGCAGUAUUUAUAAGUGCGGUUACAGGUGAAUUUAAGCACAAAAAGGAGAAAAAGCUAUGCAAUGAUGCCUUAGUGCGACUUUGGCGGAAGAUCAGGAGUUGCACUUCGAAAGAGGAACUUCAUAUUGCACAAUAUAGCCACGAAGUAGAUUCUGUAUCCAAACCAGAAGGCGAAAGCCUCAUGUUUCAUGAACUGCAUGCUUUUACUGAGAAGAAAUUGCCGGCAAACUCACAGAAUUCUACAUUACUUGCUCUAUAGAAAGGGAAAUAAAGGUUGUUCACCCGCAACGAAGAUAAUAAUUUGAA